UCCUUCCUUGUUUAAAACCCAAAGCUUUACACUGGAACGAACUUCUCUCAAUCUGUCGAGACUAGUUCAAAGUCUCGGCCUUCUUUACCAAGAAAAAAUAUCCAAAGCCCCAAGAAAAUCGAAAACUCAAGUAGCCAUGAAAAAGCUCUACAAGAAAGGAAAAAUUCAUCCAUCACCGCCGCACCACUUCUCGGAUCAACUGGCAUUUCUUCCGGCAACAAUUUUGACUCUCACAGUUGCUUUGUCACCGGAAGAUAGAGAGGUUUUAGCUUAUUUAAUCUGUUUCUCAGGUAAUUUAUCUUCUUUUACCGGUAAUAAUCGGAAGAAAAACUACGGCGGCGGCGGCGGUUCUGGUUUUAAUGGCGGUGAGCAUUCAACCUCAUUCAACUGUGAUUGUUUUAGAUGUUAUACAAGUUUUUGGUUUAGGUGGGAUUGUUCACCUAAUCGUCAAUUGAUUCAUGAGAUCAUCGAUGCUUAUGAAAAUGAUAAUCAAGUCUUAUCAACUGAUAAGAAAAAGAAGAAGAUGAAGCAGAACAAGAAAGAUAGGAAGAAGAAAGAGUCUUCUGAUACCAACACCGCAGCAAGUAUUAUUAAUGAUAAUGAAGUAGUGAUUUUGGAGAUGAAACAGUUUGAACAAGUUUCAGAAGAAAUUUUUGACUCACCGGGAUCAUUUGAGAUUAUUAAUGGUGUUGGAGAUAUUAGUGAGAAUGAUGAUGAUGAUAAUGUUGUUAUUGAAGAAGUAAAACAACAAGAUUUAGAAAAGGGUUCAAUGAGGAAAUUAAUUAGUUUUGUUGGUGGAAAAAUCUGGGGUGUUUGGGGUUAAUUUGAUUAUUAAUUACUGAAUUUUUCUAGUUUAAUGGCAAAAAAGAAACCAAAAGAGGUUAGUCUGUUUUAUUAAUUUUUGUUAUUUGCUGACAUUUCGGAUUAGGGUUUUACUAGCAAAAAAUUCGUUUUCUCCUUAGUUUAUUGAGCUAGCUUUUUCACCCCUUUGAAAUCUUGAUUGUUGUUUAUUCAUUGAUCUGCAAACCCUUACAUUUUAACUGCUAGAAUGUCCUCAUUUGGUGGUUCUAAAUAUUUCAGUGCCAGAAGUAACAGUGA